ACUUCGGGGUCCUGUGGAUGUUGAGUGUGGCACAGUUCAGGAUUGGGGCUCACUAAUACGUAGUAGCGUCUAAGAUUCGCUCAGCCGUCCGUCAGGUGUUCGUCUGGUUUGCGAUCAGAAUAGGAUAUUAUUUAAAGAGAGGCUGGGAGGGCGUUUCUGAAAGGGAAGGCUGGAUUCCACUACCUAAGCGGAUAGAUACUACUACUACCAACUACACUUAACACUGUCCAUCCCUAGUUACUUACACUCUCAACUACAAGACUACAUUUCUCUCCUCUAUAUCCGCCCCUUCCAUCUACCAUUUUUCUCAAUCCACAAAAAGGAGACUACAAUCCCACCAUCAUAGCAAAGAUGCAGCUCAAAUACGUCCUCCCCGCAGCUCUCCUCUCCACCUUCUCGGCCGCCACUCCUCUCCGCACUAGCGAGAUCUGGAAGGUCACCAAAUUCGAGAUUGGCUGCUCUCCUGGCGGCUGUGAGUACAACUUCAACGUCUUCGGUGCCGGUACACGCAACACUCCCGGCUUCAACACCACCUGCGAGGGCAGCGAUGUAGCCGGCGGCUACCAGGCGUGCAAGGACCCCAACAUCAGCGCCAACCUCGUCCCAGAGACCUAUCCCCGCUGGAAUAUCCAAGUCCAGCACGAAUGGACAAACGACCAGGGCCGCUUCUACGCCCAGGGCACCAAGAAUAUCACUGAUGAGCCGACCUCAUUCAUGAUUCCCGUCACCCAGUUCGAAGGCGUUGCCUAAAUCAAUCCACAUAUACGCACACACCCCUGGGGAACGAACAAAACCAGGUUAUGAUGCUUGCAUAUGAUGGAAAGUGCCAUUGAGCUCGA